AUGCUGCAGAUUUUCUUGGACGUGGAGCCAACCAAGGUCCUCUUUGGAGGGUCUCUCACUCUCGUUGCACUCAUCUUGUUCUCUUCGACCUUGAAUCAAUUCGUGAGAUCGGUGCUGGUGUUUGCCUGGGCUUGCUUUGUCAAGCCUUUUAUCCACAAGGUGCACAACAAGCCAACCGAACAACAGCAGGCGCUUGAGUUGUUCUACAGUAACCAGGCGCACAUCUAUGAUAAGACACGCAGCUAUUUGUUGAAGGGCAGGGAGGAUUGCCUUCUGUUGGCUGCUGCACACAUCCCCAACAAAAACGGCAAGCUUGUGUGGGUCGAUAUUGGUGGUGGAACAGGCAAGAAUAUUGAGAUGAUGGAUCUGGUGUUGCCGCUCUUGAAGAACUUCGAGGCUAUUUAUUUGAUCGACUUGCUGCCUUCUCUUUGUGAAAUUGCACGCCAACGGUUUGCCGGCAAGCCUUACGAGCACCUUGUGCAAGUAAUGGUGGCAGACGCUGCUGACUUCACCAUCAGCCAUGACAAGGCCGACUUGAUCACCUUCUCUUACUCGUUGCUGAUGAUUCCAACAUUCAAUUCUGUCAUUGACCACGCAGUGGACCUCUUGGACAGCUCCAACGGUGUCAUUGCUAGUGUUGAUUUUGGCGUCCAGAGCUCUGACACCUACAUGGGCAGGAUCAACACGGUUGGCGGAAUCGUGAACAGAAACAUCCCAUGGCUUCUCAGAAACUUCUGGCGCAUCUGGUUUGAAGCAGACAAAAUCUUCUUGGACAGUGCUAGACGUAACUACUUGGAGUACAAGUUCGGAACACUCAAGUCUUUGAACUGUUACAACAACAUGAUGGGCAAGAUUCCAUACUAUGUCUGGAUUGGCUGUGACAAGACUAGAUCCUCUGCUUUGCUUCAUCGUAUUAAUUGCCUCGCCACAGAGUCACCUUACCUUGCACCCUCUGACGAAACACAGGCACAAGAGUACGAUAUCCCAGUAAGUAAGGGCCAUGAAGCUGCCUUGUCGAACUUCCGCAAGAACUUGCCUUUCCCGUCCACCUAUUACCAGCGUCAGCCUUGGAGAGUGUACUUUGACGAGAUCAACCCACAGUACCAACAAUUCAGGAACCAGUAUAUCUACGGGUUCACUUGGGAAGACCCUCGUGAAGACCACAACAUCUUGAAAUUCUCGGGUGACGACACCGUUUUGGCCAUCACGUCUGCGGGUGACAACAUUUUGGAUUACGCUGCUCUUCCAGAUCCCCCAAAAAAAAUUCAUGCUGUUGACUUGAACCCAUGCCAAAAUCAUUUAUUGGAGUUGAAAUUGGCCUCAUUUAAAACUCUCGACCAAGCCCAGGUUUGGAAGAUAUUUGGUGACGGUAAGAUAGCAAACUUCAGAGAACUUUUGAUCUCCCAGCUCAGCGCAAACAUGUCAUCGAACGCUUUUCAGUUUUGGGCGGAUAACGGUGAAGUUACCUUCAAUCCUUCUGGUAAAGGCUUGUACGACACUGGUUCAACUAGGUGGGCUUUGAGACUUGCUAAAGCUGUGUUCACCAUUUUUGGAGCAAACAAAUACAUCAACGAGCUCUGUUCUUGCACGAACAUGAAGGACCAAAUCAAGAUCUGGGAAGAAAAAGUGAGACCUACACUUUUGAAUCCUGUCGUCGCAACGCUUCUUAUCGGUAAUCCCAUCUUCUUGUGGAAAGCUCUCGGAGUUCCAGCUAACCAGGCGCAGAUGAUGGGUGACUCGGUUUUUAAGUAUGUUGUGGACACUUUGGACCCAGUGGUUCGUCGUUCGUUGAUCUCCACUGAUAACUACUUCUAUUACUUGACUUUGAAGGGCCGCUAUUCGCCAAAGAACUGCCCCACGUACUUAACAGAGAAGGGCUUCAAAAACCUUACAACUGUGCGUAAGGAUGGUACAGCUCCAAUUGACAACAUCCGUCUUCACACUGACACUUUAAACGAUGUCUUUGCCCGCCUCAGCAAGAAGUCAAUCACUAUCGCCAUCAUUAUGGAUCACAUGGACUGGUUCGAUCCAAGUGGUGAAGAUGCCCGUAAGGAGAUUGAGGCAGUGAAGCAGUGCUUGGUGCCAGGGGGCCGUGUCAUGCUCCGCUCAGCAGCUCAAUUCCCAUGGUAUAUCAAGACCUUCGAAUCUUGUGGCUUCAAGUGUAAGCCAGCUGCCAUAAGGCAUUCGGGUGAGCUGAUCGAUAGAAUCAACAUGUAUUCGUCCACCUGGGUGUGCACAAAGAUUGACGACAGGAAGCCUCAAGGGGCUCGUCGUCGUAUGAGCAGCCUUAAAAUCUAG